AUGUUGAAGAGGAAUAACAUGGCAGCAUCCGCCAGCAGCAUCACCACUUCUUCUCUGCCGUCCAUCUCUGCUUGGGAAUCAGCCUACGCCGGCCGUGCUAGAUGGGUUUAUGUUUUCACCAUUCACCAGCUGGCAGGAUCAGUAACAUCUCUGUUCAACUGUCAAGGCCCAUUGGAUGCUCCUGUUUUUUUUGGGAGUGCAUUGGUCUCGAGGAAAAUUAUUCAUUUAUCUGCUGUUUCCCCCCAAUCAGCUGCAUAUGAGGCAAUGGUGAUUAAUAAAGAGGCUGGAGCAGUUGCAGCUAUUGAUCAUGUUCCACUCUCCUAUGUUUCUGCCAAUUUUACCUUUAACACUGAUAAUUGUGUCGCUGAUCUGUAUGGAAUCAGAGCUACACUUGUUGAUGGUGGCGAGAUUCGUGGAGCCGGGAAUGCAUGGAUUUGUCCUGAGGGUGAGGUUGAUGAGACAGCCAUGGAUAUUAACUUUUCAGGAAACUUGUGCUUUGACCAAAUUGUGCAUCGCUAUAUACCUGGUUACCUCCAAAAUGCAUUUAAGUUAGGGGAUCUGAAUGGAGAAACAAAAGUUUCUGGCUCAUUGUUAAGACCGAGAUUUGAUAUCAAAUGGAUUGCUCCGAAAACUGAGGGGUCACUUUCCGAUGCCCGUGGAGAUGUGAUUAUCUCACACGAUCACAUUUGUGUUAGUUCUUCAUCUGCUGCUUUUGAGUUGUACACAAGAGUGCUAACAUCAUAUCCUGAUGAAAACCAGUUAUGCUGGACAAAGAAAGUGGUUAACAUGCCUUUUUCUGUGGAAGGAGUUGAACUAGAUCUAUGGAUGCGCAAUUUUGAAUUUUGCAACUUGGUUUCUUCCUAUACCUUUGAUUCUUUGAGGCCCAUUCAUUUGAAAGCAACUGGAAAAAUUAAGUUUCAAGGGAAGGUCAACAAGAAUUCCCACAGCCAAGUUUCGCAGUCUGAUACAAAGGAAGGUGAUGAUAAUGAAAAAAGUAUUUCUGGUGAUAUUUCAAUCUCAGGUCUAAAACUCAAUCAAUUGAUGUUGGCUCCUCAACUAGCUGGAGUGCUCAAUAUAACAUCUAAGGGUAUGAAGUUGGAUGCUACUGGUCGGCCAGAUGAAAGUCUUGCGGUUGAAAUUGUAGGACCUUUACAAUCUACUUCUGAAGACAAUAUUGCGGGAAAAUUGCUCUCUUUUUCUUUGCAGAAAGGUCACCUCAAAGCUAAUGCCUGUUAUCGACCACUGCACUCAACUACCUUAGAGGUUCGCCAUUUGCCACUGGAUGGGCUGGAGCUAGCAUCACUCCGUGGAGAAAUUUCAAGAGCUGAGCUGCAGUUAAAUUUUCAAAAACGAAGGGGACAUGGUGUAUUAUCUGUUCUUCGCCCAAAAUUCAGUGGUGUGUUGGGUGAAGCUCUAGAUGUGGCUGCCAGAUGGAGUGGGGAUGUGAUCACAGUUGAACAAGCAAUCUUGGAGCAGAGCAAUAGCAAAUAUGAACUGCAGGGGGAGUAUGUAUUGCCUGGUUCCCGCGACCGAAACCCGGCUGGAAAGGAAAAAGGCAGCCUGUUUCAGAAAGUAAUGACUGGUCAUCUUGGGAGUAUGAUCUCUUCUAUGGGUAGAUGGAGAAUGAGAUUAGAGGUCCCUAAUGCUGAGAUUGCUGAGAUGCUUCCGCUUGCUAGGCUUCUUUUUCGAAGUUCAGAUCCUGCUGUUCAAUCUAGAUCGAAGGAUCUUUUUAUACAAAGUUUGCAAUCAGUUGGAAUAUGGGCCGAAAAUCUUAAAAAGCUGCUCGAGGAAUUUCAUGGUCAUUGUGCCACAUCGUAUGAAGUUGUACCGGACGAUUUCGACCUUCCCGGUUUAGCUGAACUUAAAGGUCGCUGGCGUGGCUCUUUGGAUGCAAGCGGGGGAGGCAAUGGGGAUACAAUGGCUGAUUUUGACUUUCAUGGAGAGGAAUGGGAGUGGGGAACAUAUAAUACCCAGCGUAUUCUAGCAGCUGGUAUGUACAGCAACACUGAUGGUUUGCGUCUUGAGAAAAUCUUCAUCCAGAGGGACAAUGCCACGGUUCAUGCAGAUGGAACGCUAUUGGGCCCGAAGACAGAUUUGCAUUUUGCUGUUCUAAAUUUUCCUGUCAGCUUGCUUCCAACUUUUCUUCAGGUUAUCGAGAAUUCAGCUACCGAAGCUGUUCAAUCUCUUAGGCAGUUAUUAGCACCAAUCAGGGGUAUCCUUCACAUGGAAGGUGAUCUUAAAGGCAAUCUUGCAAAACCAGAAUGUGAUGUUCAAGUAAGGCUCCUGGAUGGGGCAGUUGGGGGAAUCGAACUUGGGAGGGCUGAAGUUGUUGCAUCUCUAACCCCAACCACCCGCUUCCUAUUUAAUGCUAAAUUUGAACCCAUUGUUCACAAUGGCCAUGUACAUAUUCAAGGAAGCAUUCCUUUAUCUCUUGUACAGAGCAAUAUGCUGGAGGAAGAAAGUGCGGAAAGGGAUAGAAAUGAAGCCUCAUGGAUGCGAGAUUGGGACAAGGACAGAAAUAAAGCAUCUGGUGAUGAGCCAAAUGAUCGAAAGGGAUCCAGAGAUAAAAGUCAAGAAGUUUAGCAAUUGGCAGAAAGCCUCAGAGGUUUAAACUGGAACUUGCUGGAUGCAGGAGAAGUUAGGAUAGAUGCUGAUAUCAAAGAUGGUGGCAUGAUGUUGCUUACAGCUUUAUCUCCUUAUGCUAAUUGGCUCCAUGGCAAUGCUGAAGUUAUGCUUCAGGUAAGAGGCACUGUAGAACAACCGUUACUGGAUGGCUCUGCCUAUUUUCACAGGGCAACUGUGUCUUCACCUGUGCUCUGGAAACCAGUCAAAUUUGGAGGAACAGUGCUUGUAAAUUCAAAUAGACUGCGAAUUCGCUCAUUGGAGGGUAAAGUUAGCAGAAAGGGGAAAUUGUCACUAAAAGGGAAUCUUCCGUUACGUACAAGUGAAGCAUCUAUCGGUGAUGGACUUGACCUGAAGUGUGAGGUUCUGGAAGUGCGUGCUAGGAAUAUCUUGAGUGGUCAGGUGGACUCUCAGUUGCAAAUAUCUGGGUCAAUUAUGCAACCAAACAAAUCUGGAAAGAUAAAGAUAAGCCAAGGAGAAGUUUAUCUGCCACAUGACAAGGGUAGUGGAACUGCACCAUUCAUUAAUGAUACAAUAAAUGAACCAAGGCCUCCAGCUGGUGCAUAUGGUCGCAUGGUUGCUACAAAAUAUGUUUCACGUUUUCUCAACCUAAUACCAGCAUCAUUGAAUAGCCCUUUCCAGCUUUCACCUGCCGAACAUGAUGAAGCUGAAAAGGAGAUGGUGCAGGUAAAUGGUAAGCCGAAGCUAGAUAUUCGCCUUUUGGACUUGAGGAUUGCUCUUGGGCCUGAGUUGAGGAUGGUUUAUCCUUUGAUACUUAAUUUUGCUAUUAGUGGAGAGCUUGAAUUAAAUGGUCCAGCUCAUCCAAAAUGGAUUCAACCAAAAGGGGCUUUAACAUUUGAGAAUGGUGAUGUUAAUCUUGUUGCGACUCAGGUAAUCUUCAGAGGUGAGCAUCUUAACGUAGCAAAAUUUGAGCCUGACAAUGGACUUGAUCCUGCGUUGGAUCUAGCCCUGGUAGGAUCAGAGUGGCAGUUUAGAAUUCAAAGUCGAGCUAGCAAGUGGCAGGAAAAACUGGUGGUCACUUCAUCACGCUCAGUAGAGCAAGAUCUCCUUUCAACAACUGAGGCUGAUAGAGUCUUUGAGAGUCAAUUAUCUGAAUCAAUAUUGGAAGGUGAUGGCCAGCUUGCUUUUAAGAAGCUUGCUACUGCAACGCUCGAGACAUUAAUGCCAAGGAUAGAGGGCAAGGGAGAAUUUGGACAUGCACGGUGGAGACUGGUGUAUUCACCUCAGAUUCCCAGCCUGCUCUCAGUUGACCCCACAGUCGAUCCUCUUAGGUCUCUAGCUAGCAACAUCUCGUUUGGAACGGAAGUUGAAAUUCAGCUGGGAAAGCGUCUUCAGGCUUCUGUUGGAAGGCAGAUGAAAGAUUCGGAGAUGGGUAUGCAGUGGACGUUGAUCUACCAGCUGACAAGCCGUCUACGGGUACUGCUACAGUCAGCUCCGUCCAAACGUCUUCUGUUUGAAUAUUCUACAACUUCACAGGACUAGGAUAUUACAUUAUACCAUGAAAUUUAAGUAGAAUUUUGCUAGGUAGGGGAAGUAUGCCUUCAGCUCCAAAGCUGAAGAUUGUUCAUGUUUAGUUUUAUUCUUUGACAGUGUAUAUUCAUUUCUUGUAAAUAUUGGUUCUUUGCUCAAAUGGAAGGUGUAAAGGAGAGCAUAUGGUUGAAAGGGAUUGUAGCUGAUUUCAGUAUCAAUCAGAAAAUAGUUAGCAUACAUUGUGACAGCAA